ACAUGCCGCGGCGGCGGCGAGAGGGGAGGCAGCGGCGGAUAAAUGCUAUUAGAGCAGCCGCCGCGGAGCCGUCCCCGACGCCACCUCCUUCCCCUCCGCUGCGGUUUCCUCUACUGCUGCCGGGGGUGCAGAGCUGAGGGGACAGGGCGAGCGCGCCGCGCAUCACCCCGCCGGCUCUCCUCCGUUGCUCCGUUCCGCUGUCAGGGGUCGACCGAGCGCCCCCUCUACCGGCCCGGGCGGGGCCGAGAAUCACCUCAGGAGCACGGGGAGGGGGCCUAGGGGCCGCGGCCUGCACUCCCGGCGGGCGGUUGAGGGUGAAGGAGGCCCUCCCUUCUGACGAGGGGAGGGAGGGUCGGGAGGCCCCCCCCCCACCGUCCAGCUGUGCCCGGGGCGGGCGCCGGCGAGGGCCGGGCUGCGAGAGGGGCGGUUGCUGGGGGAGGGGGUGCGGGGUGAUUUAGCGCCCGGCGAGGCGGAAGCGGCCGGAGUAGGAGAAGGAGGGGGGAGAGACCAGUCCGCGCCUGGGCGCCCGGGGUGGCACGCGCCCGCGGCCCGAGUGCGAGGCGGAGGCGAGGAGGCCGCGGGGACUGGAGGCGAGGCCGGCCGGGCCCCCGCAGCCAUGGAGAACGCGCACACAAAGACGGUAGAGGAAGUGCUGGGUCACUUCGGCGUCAACGAGAGCACAGGGCUGAGCCUGGAGCAGGUCAAGAAGCUCAAGGAGAGAUGGGGCUCCAACGAGUUACCGGCUGAAGAAGGAAAAACCUUGCUGGAACUUGUGAUUGAGCAGUUUGAAGACUUACUAGUUAGAAUUUUAUUGUUGGCAGCAUGUAUAUCUUUUGUUUUGGCUUGGUUUGAAGAAGGUGAAGAAACAAUUACAGCUUUUGUAGAACCCUUUGUGAUUUUACUUAUAUUAGUAGCCAAUGCAAUUGUGGGUGUAUGGCAGGAAAGAAAUGCUGAAAAUGCAAUCGAAGCCCUUAAGGAGUAUGAGCCUGAAAUGGGCAAAGUGUAUCGACAAGACAGGAAGAGUGUACAGCGGAUUAAAGCUAAAGACAUAGUUCCUGGUGAUAUUGUAGAAAUUGCUGUUGGUGACAAAGUUCCUGCUGAUAUAAGAUUAACUUCCAUCAGAUCUACUACUCUAAGAGUUGACCAGUCAAUUCUCACAGGUGAAUCUGUCUCUGUCAUCAAGCACACUGAUCCCGUCCCUGACCCACGGGCCGUCAAUCAAGAUAAGAAGAACAUGCUCUUUUCUGGUACAAACAUUGCUGCCGGCAAAGCCAUGGGAGUGGUGGUGGCAACUGGAGUGAACACUGAAAUUGGCAAGAUCCGGGAUGAAAUGGUGGCCACGGAACAGGAGAGAACACCCCUCCAGCAGAAACUAGAUGAGUUUGGGGAACAGCUGUCCAAAGUCAUCUCCCUUAUAUGCAUUGCGGUCUGGAUCAUAAACAUUGGACACUUCAAUGACCCAGUUCAUGGAGGCUCCUGGAUCAGAGGUGCUAUUUACUACUUUAAAAUUGCUGUGGCCCUGGCUGUAGCAGCCAUUCCUGAAGGUCUGCCUGCUGUCAUCACCACCUGUCUGGCUCUUGGAACUCGCAGAAUGGCAAAGAAAAAUGCCAUUGUUCGAAGUCUCCCUUCCGUGGAAACCCUUGGUUGUACUUCUGUUAUCUGCUCAGACAAGACUGGUACACUGACAACGAACCAGAUGUCAGUCUGCAGGAUGUUCAUUCUGGACAAAGUUGACAGUGAUACUUGUUCCCUUAAUGAGUUUACCAUAACUGGAUCAACAUAUGCACCUAUCGGAGAAAUACAUAAAGAUGAUAAACCAGUGAAUUGUCAUCAGUAUGAUGGUCUUGUGGAAUUGGCAACAAUUUGCGCUCUCUGUAAUGACUCUGCUUUGGAUUACAAUGAGGCGAAGGGUGUGUAUGAAAAAGUUGGAGAAGCUACAGAGACUGCUCUCACUUGCCUGGUAGAGAAGAUGAAUGUAUUUGAUACUGAAUUGAAGGGUCUUUCUAAAAUAGAACGAGCAAAUGCCUGCAACUCGGUCAUUAAACAGUUGAUGAAAAAAGAAUUUACUCUAGAGUUUUCACGCGAUAGAAAAUCGAUGUCGGUUUACUGUACACCAAACAAACCAAGCCGGACAUCGAUGAGCAAAAUGUUUGUGAAGGGUGCCCCCGAAGGUGUCAUUGACAGGUGUACCCACAUUCGAGUUGGAAGUACUAAAGUCCCCAUGACUCCUGGAGUCAAACAGAAGAUCAUGUCUGUCAUUCGGGAAUGGGGCAGCGGCAGCGACACACUGCGAUGCCUGGCUCUGGCCACUCACGACAACCCACUGAGAAGAGAAGAAAUGAACCUGGAGGACUCUGCCAACUUUAUUAAAUAUGAGACCAAUCUGACUUUUGUUGGCUGUGUGGGCAUGCUGGACCCUCCAAGAAUUGAAGUGGCCUCCUCUGUGAAGCUGUGUCGGCAGGCAGGCAUCCGGGUCAUCAUGAUCACCGGUGACAACAAGGGCACCGCUGUGGCCAUCUGCCGGCGCAUUGGCAUCUUCAGGCAGGACGAGGAUGUGACGUCAAAGGCCUUCACGGGUCGGGAGUUUGAUGAGCUCAGUCCUUCAGCCCAAAGAGAAGCCUGCUUGAAUGCCCGCUGUUUUGCUCGAGUUGAACCUUCCCACAAGUCUAAAAUUGUAGAGUUUCUUCAGUCUUUUGAUGAGAUUACAGCCAUGACUGGAGACGGUGUGAAUGAUGCUCCUGCUCUGAAGAAAUCUGAAAUCGGCAUUGCCAUGGGCUCUGGCACCGCGGUGGCUAAAACCGCCUCUGAGAUGGUCCUGGCUGAUGACAACUUCUCCACCAUCGUGGCUGCCGUGGAGGAGGGACGGGCGAUAUACAACAACAUGAAGCAGUUUAUCCGCUACCUCAUCUCGUCCAAUGUCGGGGAAGUUGUUUGUAUUUUCCUAACAGCAGCCCUUGGAUUUCCUGAGGCUUUAAUUCCUGUCCAGCUGCUCUGGGUCAAUCUGGUGACAGAUGGCCUGCCUGCCACUGCACUGGGGUUCAAUCCUCCUGAUCUGGACAUUAUGAACAGACCACCCCGGAACCCAAAGGAACCACUGAUCAGUGGGUGGCUCUUUUUCCGUUACCUGGCUAUUGGCUGUUAUGUUGGCGCUGCUACGGUGGGUGCUGCUGCGUGGUGGUUCAUUGCUGCCGAGGGUGGUCCGAGAGUGUCCUUCUACCAGCUGAGCCAUUUCCUACAGUGUAAAGAGGACAACCCGGACUUUGAAGGAGUAGAUUGUACCGUCUUUGAAUCCCCAUACCCAAUGACAAUGGCGCUCUCUGUUCUAGUAACCAUAGAGAUGUGCAACGCCCUCAACAGCUUGUCUGAAAACCAGUCCCUGCUGAGGAUGCCCCCUUGGGAGAACAUUUGGCUCGUGGGCUCCAUCUGCCUGUCCAUGUCACUCCAUUUCUUAAUCCUCUACGUGGAACCCUUGCCACUUAUCUUCCAGAUCACACCACUGAAUUUGACCCAGUGGCUGAUGGUGCUGAAAAUCUCCUUGCCUGUGAUUCUAAUGGAUGAGACCCUCAAGUUUGUGGCCCGCAACUACCUAGAACCUGGUAAAGAGUGUGUGCAGCCUGCCACCAAAUCCUGCUCGUUCUCAGCAUGCACCGAUGGGAUCUCCUGGCCCUUUGUGCUGUUCAUAAUGCCCCUGGUGAUCUGGGUCUAUAGCACAGACACUAACUUUAGUGAUAUGUUCUGGUCUUGACUGACAGUUUUGCAUAAAGGUGAUGUUUAACUUAAUCAAUUAAUUUUUUUAUUGUUUAAAGCAACUGUCUAUUUCUGCUGAAUUUUCACAUGAACAUACUGGCUGGUGAAGGAGGUUUCAUACUCUAGAUUUUGUUUUGCUUUUUCUGACUCCAGUGGGGCAAGAUUUUCCUUUUUUAUACACAUAAUUAAAGUGUCCAUUGACAUGUACAGAGAACUAACACUAUUUUAUGCAAAUAUUUUUUUGUAGAUGAAAAAGCAUGUACAGUGUUCUGUUUAAUACUCAUCCUUGUAUAAAAAAAUAGUUGAGCCAGCAGACAUUGUCAGCAAAUUAAUUGGCAGCAGAUUUUAGGAAAUGAAUGUGUGUGGUUUUUUCCUAAAACUAAAUAGCAUGUAUUGUGUCUUUUGCAUGAUCAUCUGGAUUUAAUCUGAGAUCACAGUCUAAUUUUUAUUCAUAAGCCAAUUUUUCUGCACUGAGCAGAGUACUGCUACCUCAGUCAGUAUUUUUUUUUGGUUUGCCCCACCCCCACCCCUUCACCCCUUGGCCCUUGUUCACCUCCACCCCACCUCCACCCCCACCCCGCUCGGCUGCUUCUCCUGUAGGGUUUUGAUGGUUCUGUUUACAUCAGUCUUAACAAGAGGUAUGCUUGUUCUCGCUUGUGCAGAAAACAUUGUUCCAGAUUCAAUCGACCAGGUUCAUGUCCCCUCACAUAGUUUUUAAGGUUAUUUAUUUAAAUGUCUAAUGUAUUUUAUUGUAACAGACAUUGUUUUGCCAACAUUGCCUAUUUCAAUGGCACUUCACAAUCUAGUUUAAAAAGAAAAAUAAAACAUUUUAAAUGGACAGAGAAAAAUAACUGUCUUGUUUUUAACUCUUAAGUGGCUUAGUUUGAACUAACAGAUGUCCAACUUUCUCUUAAGUUCUUAGUUUUACUUUUAGUUUUACUGUGCUUGAGGGGAAGAAGGAUCCUGUUCUGCUGCAUAGGUGGUUGUAGGAAUUUUAUUUUUAGUGUAUAGGCACUAAUUGUUAUCUGUGAUACAUUUUUAUGCAAGUUUCUGCUGGCCUGUUUUAGCCUGGUGUAGAGGACAUAAGGGCAAGUGUGUAUGUGUGUGUAUGUGUUUUGUAAAAUCUGUAAAUAGCACAUGACCAAAUGAACAUAUUGUAUAGAACUAUUUUUAUUUGAAUGUGGCACUAACCACCACCGUUACUAUGACAAAUGUUUGCGCAUGUUCGAGAUCAGUCUUAACCAACAGUGUGUAAGUCAUUAACAGUCCUAACUGUGGUGUUUUCCUCCAAUGCCUUCCAACAUCCAUCAACUAACCAAUACUGGAGUAACCGCUUCCUAAACCAUUUUGCAGAAAUUUAAGGGUGUUCAGUUGCGUGCAUGUGCGUUUUUUAGCAACACAUCUACCAGCCCUCUGCAUGAUUGAUGUUGGGGGGAAAAAGAAAAUUAGAAAAAACUCCCCAACUCAUUGUGUGUUAUGUGGAGGAAACGUGUAUUACCAGUGGGGUUUUUAGCUUUUAAAUCAAAAUAAUUACAAAUGUACAGUUUAGCUUAAUGAAUCAGAAAGCCUCUCCAGAGAAAUUUGGUUUCUUUGCUGCAAGAAGAAUGAGGUUCUGAAACCUUAUCCAAGAGCUUAGAAGCCAUCAGCCAAGUUGCCAUAUUUCUCUGUGCAAAAUGUCAUAGCUUAAAUAAAUGUACAAUAUUCAGUUGUAAUGCAUGCCUUCAGUUGUAAGUAGCCAGAUUUCUCUAUGGUGUCAUUGAAACAUGCUACUUUUUAAUUGGCCCUGUACAGUUUGCUUAUUUAUAAAUUUAUUGAAAACACUACAGGUGUUGAAUGGUUAAAAAUGUAGGCUUCCAGUUCAUAACUUCGGUUAUAUUUUGAGUGUGCAGCUAUUUUGCACUGUAUUAAAUGUAACUUAUUUAAUGAAAUCAGAAGCAGUAGACAGAUGUUGGUGCAAUACGAAUAUUGUGAUGCAUUUAUAUCAAUAAAAUGCUAAACGUCAAUUUAUCAACGCAUGUUUGACUUAGACUGUAAAUAGAAAGCAGUUUGUUUCUGUGCUGGCAACAGGCAUUGCACAGACAUGGUUUCAGGUAAAUAAAUCUAUUCUAUGAUAAGUUCA